GCUGCCGCACACACACACGUGUCGCUGGUUGUUCUAGAGAGGAGAGCGUAUCAUGUCGACUAGGGGGCCGAGGUUGGGGAACCUGCAGGGGCUGAAGCGAGAGGGCGAUGACGACGACCCGCAAGCGAAGAUGAGACGACCGAAAAAAGAGGGUAUCAAGAUACUCCCGCUGAUUCUGAUGUUCGUCAUGUUCGGCCCGGUGGUGCUGACGGGGCUGAUCUUCGUGUUCGAUUACGUGGCGAAUAGCGACUGGGGGAUUAAGAUCGGGCUGGCGGACGACCCGCGAACACGCCUCACCAAGUUCUACAAGAAGCACAACCCAACCAAGAUGCGAGAUGUGGACAAGCUGUUGAAGAAGUACAAGGGAAGAUACCCCGAAAUGUUCCAGAGGCUCGACGCCAAGUACAACAGAAGGAAAACGAAAGAAGCGGAAGAGGAGGAAGAGUAUGUAAGAGAGCAGGCACGCUACGAGCAGGAGGCGCGGGAAGCACAGGACAAGUUCUAGACGUUCCGUGCACGGCCGCAGCAGUAGAGGCAAAGCAGCAGGGUCGAAAUUUAAAGAUGGAGCGGCGGCGCCAUUAAAGCAGGAGGAGCAGGAUCCGGACAGCAGCAAGAAUACUAUGUUGGCACGAAGGGCCACAUAACCGCACCCGCUCGGCUGGUUUGCUAGUAGGGGGAACGCGGAGUGGUGCGCCAGACCUAAGCGUUUGCGGAAUGGGGACGUGCUAUCUUCGACGGCAGGUGCACUGCUGUUGCAGCAGCAGGGAGAGGAAAUCGCAAGACAGAUUGGAGGGGGGCGGGAUGUACGAGGUUGGGGUUGUGGCCCAACGGAUGCGUGACGCAGACCAAACAGGAUUUGUGGCGGACCUAUUUUGGGCAUGGUCUACUGCUGUACCUGACCCCCGGUACUGCUGUAGUAUCGUCUCUUGUGGGCGUUGCCGUCUAACCUUCUUCUCUCUACCUCUUCCAGUUUGGGCCAGGGUGUAUUGCGUUAAGGUCAAAUCUAUGAAGAGCGCUGGACGUGUAGAUCUAGGGGUGUACAAUACCACCGGUCGCCCCGGUAGUCUAGUAGGUAGCCUCGUAGGCUGCUAAGGGCCAGGUCAUGAGUUCGAGUCCCGACAAGAGAGAGUUUUUUCUCGCUUACUGAAUCCUGGUCUCCGAAGGAAGCGACGCGCUGCAAAGCUUUUUGUAGGUAAACUUGAUCGACUCCAUAAUUCGCGAGAGAAGGGAUUGCUGUACCCUUCUCGCGAUAAAAAUAUCUCAGACAGGAACCGCAGGAGGGGGUCCAACCCCCCCUCCUAUGUUACCCCGGUUGGGUCGUGUAGCUGGUAGAAGUGGAGGAUAGGGGCGAGAGGCGCAGACGACACAAUCCAACAAUAGCAGAAAAAAAAAAAAAUGCAGGUGUGCGUCCUUUUUUUUCAUGAUACUAGGUGCCAGCUUGUUCUUUGAAUAAUCUCUGCGAUUGAAUCUCUGUUGCGAGCCGGUCUCGGGUGACGGCCGCAAUUUGUUUCGUCCAUGCUUUUAAGGUUUCUGUCGUAAGAACUAUGACCGCGUCUUACUCUGACC